AUAGAGAUGAGUGAAAUUGAACAAUUCUUUAGCAAUAGGGUAUCAAAAGAUGACCCAGAGUUGAUUUUCCAAAUCGUAGAGGUUGUUGGAAGUGGAAGCUUUGGAACUGUGUGUGCUUGUAGGUGGAUGAAGAAAAAGGAUCGUGAUCAGAAUGGCAAUCGUCUGAUCGCUUGCAAGUUUGUAGAGGUCACUGCUGAGGACAUCGAGACAAACACCAAUCUGGUCAAGGAGAUCGAUAUUCUAAGAGAGUCCAUAGACUGUCCAUUCAUUGUCGAGUACAAGGGCUGCUACCUAAAGUCAUCCAUGCUGCUCAUCGUCAUGGAGUACUGCAAGGGUGGCUCACUGCUGGACAUCAUAGAGCUGUGCGGCAAGCGUCUGACCGAGGAUGAGAUCGCCGCCGUCUGUGCCGGUGUAGUCAAGGGUCUGGUCUAUCUUCACUCAAAGAGAACCACUCAUCGUGACAUCAAAGCUGGAAACGUACUGCUCGACGAAGAGGGACUGCCAAAGCUGGCAGACUUUGGAGUGUCAACCAUUGCCGAGCACGGUCAAAAGAUGAAGACCGUGAUUGGAUCACCCUACUGGAUGGCACCGGAAAUCAUCAUGGGUCAAGGUUACGACCAAAAGGCAGACAUUUGGUCACUCGGUAUCACAGCAAUAGAGAUUGCUGAAUCAGUUCCACCUCGCUUCGACAUCCCACCAUCACGUGUCAUCUUCACCAUUCCACACCAGCCACCUCCCACUCUCAAGUCGCAGACCGAGUGGUCGCCAGAGUUCCACGACUUUGUCAAGAUAUGUCUUUCGAUGAAUCCCGCCUCGCGACCAUCGGCACAGCAGCUGCUGAGCCAUCCAUUCAUUCUCAAGGGAUCGUCGUCCCAGAUCUUACAGAACCUGGUCGGAGAGUGUAUCCCUCUGCUCAAGCAGAAGCGUGAGGAGAAGAUCAAGCAGAUGGAGGAGUCGGAUCAGGCUGCAGUCGAAUCACAAAAGAAGGCAGAGUCACUCAAGGGUUCAGUUGUCGUGCUCAACUCCAACACCAAGACAGCAUCAAUCAUGCGAAAGAACAAUCAACAGAAGAUACCUCCACAACAGCAGCAGCAAUAUAACAACAACAGCAACUACAAUAAGACGCCUCCACCAUCGUCCUCUGCCAGUAAACCAUCACCAAACAAGAAUUCAGAGGUUGCCAAGAAGGCCGCAGCAUGGCCACCCAACAAUCCAAAUGCCAGUCCAGCACCAUCACAAGUAGCAAACAAACCAGUGCCCAAGCCAUUGCCCAAGCAAGUCACUCAGCCUCAACAGCAGCAACAACAACAGCCAGCCAAACCAUCGCCAACCAAACCAACAAACAACAACAGUAAACCAGCAGCACAACAAAAGCCAGUGGUAGUGGAGGAGGAUGACGAACCAGUGACCGUUGUAUACAAUGACGAUUUCUCUGGAUACCAACCACAACACGAAGAUGACGAUGAAGAUUUCAACGAGGAG